GCUUUGUUGCAUCUUGAAGAAGUUUGCAUUUUUCUUUUGGGAAGCUUUGCCAGGUUUGUUGCUCAUUUUGCACUACCCAGGGGACACGCAUGACUUAAAGAAUGUCACAGACAUGAGCAACUUUGUCCCCCCUCAGUCCCAUCACCAGAGAAUCUGUCAACAGUUUUAUAUUUCCAUACUUUCAGAAUAUGCAGAAGAUAUCUCUCCUUAUGCUACAUUCCAUGUUCAGGGACAAGGCCAAGGGCAACAGAUGUCUUCAACCCCAAGUCAUAUGCAGACUUUUGUAUAUCAUGACCACAGACUGGCAGCAAUGGAAACCAUGCAGCUUAAAAAUAGUAAUCCUCACGAUGGUUACACAAAAUUGAGAGCAAAUCAAAAGAAUAAACGUUUACGGUCUGAGAGUUCCGAUUACUCAGGUUCCACAGAUUGCAAACCUGAAUUGGGGCCUUUGCCAAGGCCCGCAUCCAGAGGAGAGCGCAUAUCACUUCAAACUCUUCUGUAUCCAGGGACAGGAAUGGGUACAGGAGAAGGGCCUGGUGGGGGGCUGGAAUCCAGUACAUCCCCUGAACAAUCUCCUGUCCCUGACAGAAGAAAUGCGGCACGCCGGCACCGGCACAACGUCAGGUGGCAAGACACCAACAUCCCUCUUACUACAUGUCUUGAUCCCCCGACCGGUUUCUCAGAUGGACACGAGUUAAGUGAAGCUGAAUGUGACAUGGACACACUAUGUCGACUGAAGAGGUCAUUCAAAGCUUGUGAAAAUAGUCACCACUCUUGCAGGGAACAAGAGUAUUCACAUAAGAAUUUCAUAAUAGCUGUGUGACGACAAAAAUUUCAGUACUUGGUUCUUGCAAGUAUAUGAAGCAAAGUUGAAUUUUUUGAAGGUUUGCAAAGUGCCAUAUCCUCAAAAUCUUACCAGCCAUAUUUGCAGCAGAUUAACCUGCCCAUCUUCUGAGGUGGUAAUUCUAUAAUUUUAACAAGUGCUUGUAUGAACCAUAUGGAUGUGAAUUUCUUGACAUGCAAAGGGAAAAUGAAGUAUGUUUCAUUAUUCUUGAAUUUGCACAUGGAAUAAUAUUUAAUGAACAUUUUUUAAAUGAUAAAAUGAAAACCAGUUUCAUCUGGUUCCAGCUAUUUCCAAAUGUAAUUGAAGUGGAUUUUGGCAGUCCAAAUUUGAGAGUUCAGCAGUAAUCAAAUGUCGAUUAUAGGACAAAACUAAUGAUGGAAUGCAGUUUCAUAUAAAAUGGAUGAUGUACAUAUCAGUGAAACGAAAUAACCAGUUU